CACAUCCCUCCUCACCUCAUCGUACCAUACUCGCUGCAUCGAUUUGCUGUUUGUGUGAUUUACUUGGGCGCAAACACCCUCAUCAACAUCAUGGAUGCUAAGUGUCUUGUGUCUCUUGUGGUAGUUCUCAUGGUUGGGGUGUAUGGGACCCACGGGCAGGAUGCCAGGGUGAAGCUGUGUGGGAGAGAGUUUAUCCGUAUGGUAGUCACAUCGUGUGGGAGCUCCAGACUGAAGCGCUCCACUCCGGAGCUUGGACAACACCCCGUCAACCACCACAGGGUAAUUCUGGAUUGGCUGAACAGCAAUCAAUUUGCCAACCUGAGGACUUCAGAGACUGGUGAAGAUGUGGUGACACAGCAAGAUGACCAGGACUCCACAGAGAGCAUGACAGAAGACCAGCAGACCCAUCCAGGGUUUCCCAGCACACCUCCACAGGUCCAAGUGGACAUGGAGCCUUCAACCGUCCCUCUGGGAUACACCGUGUCCUCCCGUACCCGCCGAGACGUGGGGCCUGCUGGGGUAUGCUGCCGAUCCGGCUGCACCAUGAGCGAACUGGUCCAGUAUUGCUAAGCUAUAGCUAAUGCUAGGCAAGAGUAACAUUUCACAAGGAAUUGUUGGUCAGCCAUUGCAAGGAUGGAUUAGGUUAAAAUCAGGCUUAUUUACAUUUGUUGGGAUGUUUGAAGGGCCAUUUUGCAGUUGCCAAACCUUUGCAUUAGAGCUAAUGCAGUUAGUUCUACUGAAAUGUUUUACUAAAAUGUUCAUGUUGUUUUCUUGAUAUCAUGAAUUGUGUGUUAAUCUAAUCGUUAGAAUAUUGUUGCGGAAUGACUUGUGUAAUGACAAAAUCAAGACAAAAAGAAUGUUGUCGAAAGAGGCUUUAAUUAUAAUAAUAAUUUUUAUUUUAUCAUAUUAAUAUUAUACUUGAUUCUCACCUGCACAAUGAAGGACAACAAAGAAUGCCAAAUGAGAGUUGUCAAGAAACCUUCCUGUUCACCUUGAAUCACAAUGUAAUAAAGCUUUUGAAGAUCA